GCCUUUUUAUCCGUCUCGAAUAAUAUGUAGAAUUUCCGGCAUCUGUCACGGUCUAUUUACGUCUUAGUAAUGUUGGAUAAAUACUCCGUAUCGUUUGGUGCAAUUGUCCAGGAGGACUUGGUGGGGCAUGGCCAGUUCAACAUGGAUGGCACUCGGACCCCCUGCACCCUUUGGGAACGCACCCAAAUCACAAGAUGGAUUCACCCGUCGUCAUCAUGCUGCCAGUGGCUUGGAUCAGCAUGUCAUCCUUGAAUCCAUUGGAGUUUGCAUACCACAGGCCCAGGUGGCAAAGACCCCAGUGGAAGGGUACAGCCUAUCUAUAGAGUUGUUCCUCUCUUUGGAUGACAUCCGAAUUGUUAUCCUGUUAGAAAUCCUACCCAGUCCUACUAUCAGUAGGGCGUGCCAAGAUUACUACAUACUCCGUAAGUAUAUAGUUACAUGCUCUCUAUCUGCACUACGGAGUACAUCAUAAGCAUAGGUAUGUUUCGCUCAGCUGCCGCGCCUCUGCAGAAAUAUGACCUCUGUGGCUGAUCGCAAUGGCUUGCUUGCUUGCAUGCUAGGUAGUCUUGACCACUCGAG